AUGGAACUCUAUUUCCAGAAUCACCCAAAUGGGGUGUCUUCACCCUGCAAACAGACCAAGGUCAGGGAAAGAACAGCAACCAACAAAUGCAGCAAAAGCGGCAAGUUUGUUGGGGUGAGGCAAAGGCCUUCUGGGAAAUGGGUGGCAGAGAUCAAGAACACGACACAGAAGAUUAGAAUGUGGCUGGGGACAUUCAACACUGCUGAAGAGGCUGCUCGAGCUUAUGAUGAAGCUGCCUGCCUUCUUCGUGGUUCCAACACCCGAACCAACUUUGCCACUCAUGCCCCUACCAAUUCUCCGCUCUCUUUGAAGAUCAGAAACCUGCUCCAUCGCAAAAAGAGUUUAAAACAAAAUCAUCCUCCGCCUCCUGCUGCUCUGACAACUAUUCCCACUGAAAUGAGUACUGGAGCUAGUUCUACUAGUGGUAACAGUCAUAGCAUUAAUGCUAGUCAUGCAUCUAAUGUUGUGAAACAAGAUAUCCAAAUGUUUGAUGAUGCAUAUAGACCUGAUUUGAGCAACUGCAUUGGGGAGCUCAGACUAGGUUCAUCUCAAUUUGAUCCCUCCUGGGUAUUUCCAGCUGGUUCUGAUUGGCUUCAAUCAACCCAGGACGGUUUUGAGUUUCCUAAACAUGCUGAGUUGUUGUCCAGAGCAACAGACCUAGAUAUGACGGAAUUCGGGCUCAUGAAAGUAGAGAGACAUUUAUCAGCAUCAUUCAAUGCCAUGAAUGGAGUAAAUGAGUACAUGGAAAAUGUUUACGAUUCCAAUGAUGCUUUCUGGGAUCCUUCACUGUGUCAGCUGUUCUGCACAGGUUGA